UUUUUAAAAAAAAUCAUUGGUCAAAAGAAUUUGUUUAUUAGCAUGUUUCCAAAUUAGACACCUCGUGUGUAAAUUUACUGAAGCUUCCUUCUAGUUCAAAAUUCCAUUACGCUAAUUAGUUGAUCCUUUAAAGGGGUUAAAUAUUGAGAAAAGAAUUGUAAACAAAAAUAAAAAGAAAAAAGGUUCAUAAAACCGGGGGUUAAACUUUGAAAAUAAUGUAUACAGGGUUUUAUAAACUUUGAAAAUAAGGUUAAUGAGCAAAGAAUUGGACUUUAAUCUUUAUUCCCACGUAAGCCAUGGUCCCAUGCAUUAAUAAUUUUAUGAUCAAUGAAAUUUCUACGAGGUUGUUGUACAUUUAGAUUCUAUAAAUAGGAACAAUGUAAAAGACACUAACACACCAACCAAAACAUAUCUUAAUUCCUUCCCUUUCUUAUCUUAUAUUUCUAACUUCCAUCGAACAUGGAUGCUCUUAAAGCUAUCUUCCUCUUAGCUCUCCUUGCCCCUUUCUCUUAUGCGACAAUAGUCGUUGAUUAUUGUGUCGCGGAUUUUAAUCAUCCAGUUGGACCAGCAGGAUACCCUUGUAAAAAUCCUGCUAGCCUUACAGCGGAUGACUUUGUUUUCUCAGGUUUGCGUAAACCAAGUAACAUAACUAACACAGUUAAUGAGCUUUUCAAUCUUAAUUCCGUUUUUGCAGUGGAUGUAACGUUCCCAGCCUUGAACGGUCUAGGCCUUUCCAUGGGACGUCUAGACAUUGGUGUUGGUGGAGCUGUCCCAAUUCACUCACACCGAGUGUCAGAACUUAUCCUUGUAUCCGAGGGGACAAUUGUUGCUGGUUUUAUAGACACAAAUGGCACCGCAUUCUACAAAACAUUACAUAAGGCGGAUAUUAUGAUCUUUCCACCUACAUUACUUCAUUUCCAAGUCAAUGUCGGAAAAAUUCCUGCUCUUGCAUUUGUAACCUUAAACAGCCCGAGUCCAGGCUUCGAAAUCACUACCCCUUCCCUAGGUGCAAAUGACCUUCCUACUGAAUUGGUUAAGAAGAUGACUUUGUUGGAUGCUAUACAGGUGAAGAAGUUGAAGAAACUCUUUGGUGGCACUAACUAAUUCUCCGAUCUUACUACGUGCAUGGUGUUUCAACUACUGUAGUUCUGCCGUCAACUUUUUAUUUGCUUGUGCACCUUUUUUUCUUUAUUACAAAUCAUUUUUUCUUUGUAUGGAGUAAUUAUGUUCGUUUCUAAAUAAGAAAUUAUUAUGUGUAAUAAAUAGCAUACAUGAAUAAUUCACCUAAUUGCCUAUCUAAUUAUUGUUGUUAAUUAUGGUGACUUUGUAAAAUAUUAUGAGCCAUUAUUUUUUGCUAAUUU